GAAAGCAUGGCCGGGAAUGGGAGGAAAACUUGGAACGGAAGAGGAGAAUCUCAGCAAAGCGGAACAGUGAGGAGAGGUGUACAGCAGAGCUGCGCUUUGCCCACUGAUUAUGUCAGGCAUGAGCAAAGCCGUUUGGCCAGAUCUUCCCUUCCGAUCGACUUUUUUAAUCGGCGACAUGCCGACAUCUCGGAGUAAAAUGGCGGGCCAUUGCCGUUCCAUCCGUCAGUGGCAUCGGCGCCCGCCAUGGAGGCGGACGCGCUGCUGAAGAAGCUACGGGUGCUGGAGGAGGGGCACGCCGAGCUCAAGCGGGAGGUAGGCAGGCUCAUGCCGGCGGACCGUCCCCGCGGCGCGCAGUCCGCGGCCCGGCGCCGCGCGCGGCUCUCGUCGUCGUGGCAGGUCGCCGCCCGCGGCAGGUUGCCCGACAGGCACUGCAACUGGAUACUGCAGUCGCUGGGGCAGGCCGUGCACGUCAUUGCCCCCGACGGGAGGUUCCUGUACUGGAGCCGGUAUUCUGAGCAUAUGUUUGGCUAUUCUGCAUCAGAAGCAAUUGGCCGGAAUGCCGUUGAAUUAAUCGUUCAUCCCGCUGACUAUGAUGCAGCACAAAUUGUCAUCCAGAAAAUAUUUACGGGGAAGUGUUGGAGAGGGAAGUUUCCUGUUAAGAACAAGUCAGGUGAGAGGUUUCUUAUUUUAAUCCAUAACAGCCCUUUAUACGAUGAUGAUGGUAGCUUGGUGGGCCUCAUUGGUCUCUCGCUUGAUGUAUGGACAUUAGAGGAGAUAUUUAGUCCCUCAGGCUCAGCGAAAUCCUACCCAAGUACCAGAAAGUCCCAAUUUCAUGCUAACAACCGGCCUAAAAGUGAUUCACUAAACGAACGUUCUCUUCACUCACAGCAACCUGUUCGAUCUACUACCACCUCCAAGAUAGUAACUUUGGUUACCAGUGUGACAAGUAGAGUCCGUUCUCGGAUAAGGACAUGUCAGAAUGGCGAUAAACAAUAUGGUAGUGACUGUGAGGGCCAGUAUUCUGCACUUGAUCUCCAAGCCGAGUUGGCAAUAAGUGAAGAAAACACCCCUAGUGGGGAUGUAAUGCAUCGUGUCUUUGUUGACAAGUCGUGCAAAAGUAGUGAUGAUUCAGGAGAGGGAAAAGUAGGGUUUCACAAGAUAUUUAAUGCAAAGGCUGAGGCAUUAUUGGCGAAGAAGGGCAUAUGCCCUUGGAAAGGACAUGAAAUUGAUGGGGGUUCCGGAAAGAAUAACAUGAACUCAAUACAGUUGCAUGAUAAGCAAGAGAAUGACCAGAAUCAUCAGAGAGUUGCAGUUCUAGAGCCUUUCAUAAUUCCAGACUGCCAAAACAGCGAAUACACUUUGGCUAGCAAAUAUGAGGUCUCAGGUUCCUGGUGGGAUUUCAACAUAAACAGCAUGAGUAGCAUGAACAGCACUGGGAGUACUAACAGCAGCAGUAUUGAGACAGUAGAUUAUGAAGCAGACUGCUCAGAUUAUGAGAUUCUCUGGGAAGACCUAGUAAUCGGAGAACAAGUAGGUCAAGGUUGUUGCGGAACAGUGUAUCAUGCUCUGUGGCAUGGCUCGGACGUGGCAGCUAAAGUAUUCUCCAAGCAGGAAUAUUCAGAAGAAAUGAUAAAUACCUUCAGACAAGAGGUAUCAUUGAUGAAGAAACUACGACAUCCCAAUAUAAUACUUUUCAUGGGUGCAGUUCUGUCGCAGCAACGACUUUGUAUUGUUACUGAAUUUCUCCCACGCGGGAGUUUGUUCCGGUUGCUCCGAACUAACAUUGGCAAGAUGGAUCCAAGACGGAGAGUUAACAUGGCUAUAGACAUUGCAAGGGGCAUGAACUAUCUUCACAAUUCCAUUCCCACUGUUGUGCACCGUGAUUUGAAAUCGCCAAACCUGCUGGUUGAUAAGAAUUGGACUGUAAAGGUUGCAGACUUUGGUAUUUCACGUCUGAAACUCGAAACAUUUCUGACAACAAAAACUGGAAAAGGAACACCGCAGUGGAUGGCUCCAGAGGUGCUACGGAGUGAACCUUCAAAUGAAAAGUCUGAUGUAUUCAGUUAUGGAGUAGUCCUGUGGGAGCUUGUUACUCAGAAGAUUCCCUGGGAUACUCACAAUACAAUGCAGGUCAUCGGAGCCGUAGGUUUCAUGGAUCACAGACUGGAAAUUCCAAGGGAUGUGGAUCCUCAGUGGGCAUCGAUGAUCCAGAGUUGUUGGGACAGUGACCCACAACGCCGCCCUUCGUUCCAAGAACUCCUUGAGAGGCUCCGGGAGCUGCAAAAGCAGUACAACGUUCAGGCGCAGACACAGCGGAAAGAAGCUGGGAAAGUUGCUGGAAGUAUGAGCGUCAAAGAUAGCUAGCUUCAUGUCUUUAAAGUGAUGGAUUAUGCAUAUGCAGCCCUGGGGUUGAUUUAUCCGCUCGAGCUCAGAAGGGUCCCAGGAUGUUUUCCAUGUUGCUUCCAAGAGGAACGGCCAGAGAGUUGGUGCAUGGCUUCUUAAAUUGCAACCUUGAAGCUUUGGAACAGGGUUUGUCUUACGGAAGGAGGGUAGAGGACGCUGGCGACAUGACAUAGACUUCUCGUCGUUUCAGGGCUAGCCUGAAUUUUCAGAACCUGGGAUAGGUGUUCAGAUACGAUUGGCCCAACAGCUCAAUCAUUAUACAUGUGGAAUGUGUGUUACCGUAUUUUAUUGAUGCAUGGUUUAAAUUUUAAGCGAAAUUUGUAUUUUCCAAACGUUCUGAUUUUGUUAUUAGAUCCGAAUGAAGUGGGUCCCGUCCAAUUUGGAUGGUACGCACAGG